AUGUCUAGCCCACAAGUGAAGAGCAUUGUCCACAUCAACCGCACCAAACUCGUCGUACCAGCGGAUCAAUACCCACCGAGGCAUCCAUUCCUAAAGGUGCUGAGGAUAAGCUUCACAGACAAUGAUGCUACCGACUCCUCCAGCGAUGAAGAAGAAGUGUUCGAAAAGAAGUGCGUGAAUGAGAAUAUUUUUGAGAAGCGCACCAGCCAAAAUGACGGCACAAUUUCGAAAAGGAGAAAUAGGAGCACCUUAAAAAAACAUGCAUCUUCCUCCUCUGCCACGAAGUAUCGGGGAGUGAGGCAAAGGCUAUGGGGAAAAUGGGUUGCUGAGAUAAGAGAUCCAUCACAACGAAAACGGUUGUGGUUGGGCACCUAUGACACAGCUUUGGAAGCUGCCGUGGCCUACAACAACGCAGCCAUUAAGCUGCGUGGACCUGAUACGCUCAUCAAUAUCUUACCGCCACCAACCGGGAUCAUGUGCUCGCCGGAAAAUACAAACCCUCAGGCACCUGAAACUUCAGCCACAACAAUCGAGGGUUAG